GUUUUUAGCUAGGAGGUUACCAUAACCUACCUAUCACGUGUUUUUGUUACUCUGUACUUAGUUACCUACCGCUCAAUAAUCUUCAUAAUAUUUGUAUUUAACGACAAUGACUAAACUUCGGAAACAAAGGAAACGUAAAGUUUACAAGUACGAUGUAAACAGGAAACGUUUGAGGAAGAAGAUGAAUCGACUGCCAAACAUACAAUGUGAUCAACUGAAAACUGAAUGGGACAAAAAGAAAAGCACAAGAACAAAUUUAGAGCAGAUGGGUCUAGUUUAUGACCCUAAUAAGAGUAUUAAAAUUCCUAGUAACAAGCCAAAAUCGAAGAAAACUGAACCUGAGACCUCUGUUAUACCUGAAAAAACUCAUGUGGUGAGGGACUUAGAAUCUGAAGCAAAAGCUCCCAGGGAGAGAAAUUUUAAAUUACCUAAAAACCAAGUUGAUUGGCUGUGCAAGUGUUUGGACAAAUAUGAUGAUGACUAUGAGGCUAUGGCAAAAGAUAGAAAAUUGAAUAUCUUUCAGUAUACAAAAAAUCAGUUGAGGUCCAAAAUUAAAGUUUUUAAAAGUAUUCCAGAACAGUAUGAGGAGUACAUUUCAAAGAAACAACAGAAUGUUGUUGUUUGAUGUAUAAUUUUUUAUUUUGUAUCAUAUUUUUUUGAA